AUGUUAGUGGCCUCAGCGGACACAUCAUCAACAACUGUCCUGUGGGCGCUCUCGGAACUCAUGAGGCAUCCACAGGUUAUGAAGAAAGUCCAAAAGGAGAUAGAAAAUGUUGUAGGUCUGAAUAGAAUGGUGGAGGAAUCAGACACGGAGAAAUUGGAGUAUUUGGAUAUGGUAGAGAAGGAAACCAUGAGGCUACAUCCUGUGUUACCAUUGUUGCUUCCUCAUGCAGCCAUCGAAGAUUGCACUGUCGAUGGCUACCACAUACCGAAAAAGUCAAGCGUUAUCGUAAACGUGUGGGCAAUCGUGAGAGACCCAAGUGCUUGGGAAGAUGCAGAGAAGUUCGUACCAGAGAGGUUUGAGGAUAGCAAUGUUGAUGUUAGAGGACACUACUUUAAGAUUCUACCGUUUGGCUCUGGCAGAAGACGUUGCGUUGGAAUGCAGUUAGGGAUUACUGUGGUACACUUUGUGUUGGCUCAGCUUGUGCAUUGUUUUGAUUGGGAACUUCCAGAUAACAUGUUGCCAAAUGAGUUGGAUAUGACUGAGGAGUUUGGUCUUGCAGUUUCAAGGGCCAAGAAUCUGCUCGCUAUUCCUUCAUAUCGCCUUCAGAAUUGA